GGAGCGCACAGCCACAGCCUCCUCGCUUCUCCAAACUCCCGGCCAGGGCGCGCGGUGGCGUCCUCGCGCUCUCGCUCGCGCCCCCGCCCGCCGCCCGCGCUCGCCCGGCAUGAACGCGGAGACUUGCGUCUCUUACAGCGAGUCGCCGGCCGUGGCCAUGGACGCCUACUACAGCCCGGUGUCGCAGAGUCGGGAGGGCUCGUCACCUUUCCGGGCGUACCCCGGCGGCGACAAGUUCGGUACCACUUUCCUGUCCGCCGCCGCCAAAGGGCAGGGCUUCGGGGACGCCAAGAGCCGGGCUCGCUACAGCGCGGGGCAGCCGGACCUGGUGACGCCCCUGGAGAGCGGCGCCGGGGCGCGGGGCUCUUUUAACAAGUUCCAGCCCCAGCCCCCCGCCCCGCAGCCGCCGCCGGCGCCGCAGCCGCAGCCCCAGCCGCCGGCGCCGCAGCCGCACCUCUACUUGCCACGAGGCGCCUGCAAGACGCCCCCGGACGGCAGCCUCAAGCUCCAGGAAGGCAGCGGUGGCCACAACGCGGCCCUGCAGGUCCCCUGCUACGCCAAAGAGAGCUCCCUGAGUGAGCCAGAGUUGCCGCCCGACUCUGACACCGUGGGGAUGGACAGCAGCUACCUCAGUGUGAAGGAGGCUGGGGUGAAGGGGCCUCAGGACCGGGCCAGCGCCGACCUCCCCAGCCCGCUGGAGAAGGCUGAGUCGGAGAGCAACAAGGGCAAGAAGCGGCGGAACCGAACCACCUUCACCAGCUACCAGCUGGAGGAGCUGGAGAAGGUCUUCCAGAAGACCCACUACCCCGACGUGUACGCGCGGGAGCAGCUGGCCAUGCGGACGGACCUCACCGAGGCCCGCGUGCAGGUCUGGUUCCAGAACCGGAGGGCCAAGUGGCGGAAGAGGGAGCGUUUCGGGCAGAUGCAGCAGGUUCGAACCCACUUCUCCACGGCCUACGAGCUGCCCCUCCUCACCCGCGCUGAGAACUAUGCCCAGAUUCAGAACCCGUCCUGGAUCGGCAACAAUGGGGCAGCCUCGCCAGUGCCCGCCUGCGUGGUCCCCUGCGACCCGGUGCCAGCCUGCAUGUCCCCUCACGCCCACCCCCCUGGCUCCGGGGCCGGCGGCGUCACCGACUUCCUGAGUGUCUCUGGGGCUGGCAGCCACGUGGGCCAGACGCACAUGGGCGGCCUGUUUGGAGCGGGCCUCAGCCCAGGCCUCAACGGCUACGAGCUCAACGGGGAGCCGGACCGCAAGACCUCGAGCAUCGCGGCCCUCCGCAUGAAGGCCAAGGAGCACAGUGCCGCCAUCUCCUGGGCCACAUGACAGGGCCCCUCCCGCCCCAUCCCGCACCCUCCCCCACCUCGGGGCACUGGCCACGCCCAUGCUUCCCAGGCCCCCAGCCUCGCCCGACUUUCCUCUUAGGAACCUGGCCUGGGCCAGGGGCCUGACCCUCAGCACUUUCAGCCACCCCAGGUCGGAGGCCCCGGACGGCUGGGAGGGAGGGGACAGCAGGCCCCUGCCCCUCCCCGCACCGCGGCCGAGACCCCUGCUCCUGGCCAGGGGCAGCGGAGGAAGCCGAGGCCGGGGUUGCGGCUUCGCAUCCAUUAUAAGCUGAAGACCCUCUCCCCAGUCCGGCUCCUCCAUCCCGCCUGGUGUGACCACUGCGUCAAGUUUAAAUUCCCGCCGAGACCCAGCGGCAGCCACAGUGCAGUCAUGUCCGUUCGUCCUUCUGUGUAGUCCCGGUCACCAGGCCCAAGGCUGUCUGAAGAACAGGCUGCCCUGCAGGGUCAGCCUCCCGCCCUCCCGGCUCCUUUUCUCUUCCUAACACCCCACGAAACUGGACCUCCUGGGGCCCAGGCACCUGCCUCGCCAUCACCCAGAAUGGAGGAGUCCCCGUCCUGACUGUCCCCAGGCUGCACACGCCCAGAGGGAAUGAAUGGGCAGAGGAGCUGGAGCCAAAGAGUCCAGCUGUCACCAGCAAUGCUGACACGCAGGUGGGGGACGCACCCCGGAAACUCUGGAUCUGGGUGAACUGCAGGGGGCGGAUGCAGACCGCACUGUACCCGGUACCCAUGGUGCUCAGGGGAGAAAAGCUUCCGGAGAGAGAGAGGGCCACAGGGAGGUGUAGCGGGGCCGGGGCUCGCACACACACUUCGGCCUCUGGCCCCUGACGUCCGGUUGUGGGCAGGGUGACAGCGACCGUGGCAGGUCGGGCAGGUCUGUUCUCCGUCCCAUCAGGCCCCUCCGGUAGGGUCUUCCUCCCUCCUGUCCACCUGGGCACUCACUGGGGCUGCUGAGCAGUGACUUGGCGUGGAAGGACUUACACCCGGGACACUCGAGCCAGGGCCUGGGGGCGGCACAGGGUCAGGAGGGCGUGCAGGAUCUGCCGGAGGACCUGUGCCCACGCUCGGUCUCCAGGCUGCCUUUCCCUCCUCCGCCAUCUCUGGCACACCUUCCAGAGCCUUCCAGGGCGGUGGGGCUCAGUGGUCUUCCAGGCACAGGGCAGACAGAGCCCACCUCACGCUUCUUCCUAAGGGAUCGGAAGUCCCAGCCCUUCUCUCUGGCCUCUGGGAGGCUCCUGGGGCCGAGCUCCCCCAGCCACUCGCUCUGUCCUGGCUGUGGCGGCAGGAUGCAGCCUUUCCCUGCCUGUAGGAGGGGGCCUCCUUCUGGGGGAGUUUGGGGGGGUGGGGGGGAAGGGCACUCCACAUCUGCCUGACUAGAGACCUGCAGCUUGGCCCCAGCCGCCACCAAAGCCGUGGCCCACAGUACCCGUCCCCCGUCCUCCGGGAGGUCCCUGGCAGGCGCCCCACCCCCUGAAGGGCUGGUCUUUUUUUACUUUCUCCCUUGAUCCUGCCAGUGAGGAGGGCCAGGCCUGUCAGCCGCGGGGCCUGGACGCAGGCCAGCCUCUUGGGUUGGGCGGACGGGCGUCAGAUCCCCUGCCCCGAGCCGCUCCGGGUUUACAGGAAACCGCAGUGUCCACCUCGGCCUGGAGUUCUCAUCGGCUCCCGGUCAGAACGGGGAGCAUCAGGCUUUGCCUCCCUCCUGCGAGUCGGCCUCUGUGAACCGUAGCUCUGAGGUCGCUCUGCUAGAGCCACAGGGUCUCGGACAUGGGAUUGGACGUCCUUGAAGGCGAGGCUUUCCGGAUGUCAUUUGCUUGAGGCUCUUGGGAAGCCGUUCCAGUUCCGAGGGCCACUGAAAUAACCCAGACCCCCCAGCCCUGGCGAGGGAAGGGCAAACUGCCUAAGGCUGGGAGCAACCCGCGUCCUCCUAAUGCGAGAACGUUCGCCAAGGCACGUUUCCACCAGGAGAGAGUCCGUGCACAGAGAAAGUCCCAAGGAGGGAGGCGGGCUUGCGCUGGAUCCUUCUGGAAGGGAGCCCGGCACCCAACUCCCUGGGCGUCUGCUUUAAGAGAAGGCCUCGUAGGAGAAGUCGCUCUGUGGCUCUGGCCGCCUGUCCCACCACCGGAGCCCGGUAUUCACGGUUAACACGUCCCUGCUCAUCUCCCCACGGGCGGCUACCGGCCCCAGGCCUGUGCUCCCUGUCCUGCCCGCUAGGGCCUGCCUGACACGCUGAGAACCACAUCGCGGAGCUGGGGAGUUGGGGGUUACUCUAGUUCAAUCCCCUUACAAUGGAGACGGAAGACCCACUCCCAGGGGAGGAGUGACUGUCCUGACAGGUUUAACCAGAGGCCAAGAAAGCUGAGGGCAGCUGACUGCUGCCUGGGCUUUGCUGGGCCUUAGGGGGCAGCUGCUGCUGCAUGAUC